AUGAAGAAGUAUAAGCUUCGUCGAGUGAUUGGAGAAGGAGCGUCAAGUACAGUGUAUGGUGGAAUAUCUGAAACUGGGGAGGAGGUGGCAGUGAAGGUGGCUCCACGACGAGGGAAAGCAGCUGGAAUGGCGUACAGAGAGAUUAGGAUGCUAGAUUGUGUCCGACAUGAGAACAUUGUUAAGGUUAUUGAUAGGUUUGAAUCUGAAAAUCACGUAUGCAUAGUUGAGGAGUUAUGCGAUUUGAAUCUUGUCUCGUUUCUUAAUGAAUAUGAGAUUGAUGAGAAUGUGGCUCUGAAGAUAUUGAGAAUGAUACUGUGUGGUCUACGACACAUACAUUCCAUAGGAAUCAUACACAGGGAUCUGAAGCUGGGAAACAUACUUCUGAAGGAAAACACAGUGAAAAUCUGUGACUUUGGGCUUUCGUGCUAUGUAGAAGAAAAUAGCCAUGAAUUUUGUGGAACAAUGGAUUACCUUGCGCCUGAAGUGAUUGAUGGAAAGGAGUACACUCAGAAUAUUGACAUAUGGUCUGCAGGCAUUAUAUUCUAUGUCCUGCUUACGAAGAAGAAGUUUUACGAAUCUCUGGACUCUUUGAAGUGUUCUGAAGAGCUUCGAGACCUUCUUGAGAAAUUACUUGAGAGGGAUGAAACCAAGAGAAUUAGUGCAAGUGAGGCAUUGAUGCACAGGAGUUUUAGUAGAUUCAUACCUAAAUGUGAGGAUUUUAGGUGCCUCCCCUCGUUUGAGAAGAGCACUAGGUAUGGAACAAUAAAGAAAGUCAAAGAUUCGAUUGAACUAGGAAAUGCCAGAAUAGUGGCCAAAAGAAAUGAAGGUAGGGAUGGGAUAAGAAAGCAUUCCGAGACUAGAUGUCAAUGUGGAGAGAUAUUUGUAUAUUCUGUAUUUAUUGGGUCUUUGGAGGUUGAGCCUGCGUUUAUUACAAAUGGAGACCUGAAGACUUUAAGCUUGCUUACUGCACAUAUAAGAAUGAUAAAGGACAGAACGCCCAAGAUAAUAAUAGAGAGUGAUGGGGAUAAGUUUUACCACAUGUUUUCCGGGGGGUUUGUAUAUACUACAGGAAAGCUUACUUUGAGGACGAAAGGCAAGGGAUAUGAAAUGAGUUCAGAGGGUAGGGAGAAAAUGUAUUCUGAAGGGAUUCCUGGCUUCCUGUGCGAAGUUAUCACAGGACUGAGGGCUAGGUGUGAAGCAAUUGACAAGGGGGUAUGCUGGUUUUCGAGGGACUCACCCAUAUUAGUGGACUGUUCCUCACACCAACAAUUCUCGAUGUCAUGUGUAUCGCAAGUGAGUGAGAUGAGUAUAAGGGCUAGGACAUUUUACGACUACAUUGAGAAUAUUGGAUGGUGCAUUAGGGAUGGGCUCAAUCUUCUGUUUCUGAUGAACGACGGAGAAAGAUUUGAGGUUCUGUGCGAAGAUUUGGUUGUUAGGUACAAGGGGAAUGUGUUUCUUAUUGACAACAGGCUUCCGAUGAAACUCAAACAUGGUUUGAAAAGUAUUUCUCCUUUCUUGAGAAGCAUUCGUGAUGGUUUUACAUAG